UCCUCACAGAUGUCAAUCGUGUCGUCUUGUUUACGUUUUUACUCUCAUUUUUGUAAAGGAAGAUAAUUUUCCCUUUAUGUAAGAUGCCGUUCUCCGUAAGUGUUUGAUUAUUGUCACCCAUUUCUGAUUCUACGUAGCAUCAAAUUUUUCUUGACAAUACGAAUGCAGCAUGAUUCCCUAGUCACCAUAACCGUUAGUCCAGACUAUCUGACAUCAACCAGAAAAACACCAUGUUGGUCUGAAUCUUGGACUCAGAGAUUUGUGCAUUCAUUACUCAUACUAGGCGUUCUUGUUGACUCCUCAUUUUGAAAUUUAUUCUUGCUUUUGCAUUAAUAAUCCUUGACAUAGGUUAGGACACCAGAACAACACAUAAACUGGGCAUAGUUGUUAACGUAUAACCCAGGAAUUUUUAGUGCACAGUUACUGAGGUAGCAGAAAUUUCAUCAGAUUUACUCGGCGCCAUCUUGUUCAUAAAUGUUAACAAUCGGGAAAUUAUUUGUUAUAUAUGUUAUUUUAUAUUUGUUUAAGAUUCUUAAUUUUUAAUAGUCCUGAUUAUUAAAAAUAAAUUGAAUAAAUAGAGGCCAUAAAAUAAUUUAAUUAUUAGUAAAAUUAUGGAUACACGUUUUAAUUAAAAUUGUCACAUCAUAUUCAUAUUACCAACCAUUUCAAAAAUGAAUUGUUACGAUGAACAAUUUUUGUCAAACGGGCAGUAUAUAGAAUUAGCAGUACCCUAUAAGCAUUUAAUGCCAAUGAACAAUCACAAUAAUUACUACUGGCAAAACAAACUACUACAUGACCAACAAGAAGACCAAGAAUAUUACCUUUGGAGUCAAAAUUCACAAAAUCAGUAUCCAGUACCGCAACUCUCUCCAGUACCGCAACAUUCUCCAGAACUGCAACAUUAUCACAAUUACUACUGGGAAAACCAACAACUAAAUGACCAACAAAAAUACCAAUCGAAUCGAGAGUUGGCCCAAGAUUAUCCACAAAAUCACUUACAAGAUCCAGAACUGCAACAGCCUCCAAUUUUUCAACAUCAUCCAGUACUGCAACCGUCUCCAGUACCGCAACAUUCUCCAGUACCGCAACAUUCUCCAGUACCGCAAUAUUCACCAGAGCUGAAACAUUCUUCAGAACUGCUACCGUCUCCAGAACUUCAACAGUUUUUAGUAUCGCAAUAUUGUCCAGUACUGCAUCCGUCUCUAGCACAGCAACAGCCUCCAAUACUGCAACAAACUCCAGAACUGCAACAGCCUCCAAUACUGCAACAACCUCCAGAACUGCAACAGCCUCCAAUAUUGAAACAACCUCCAGAACUGCAACAGCCUCUAGUACCGCAGCAAAGAUACUCAAUCUUACAACAACAAGCCAGUGACCACUUGAGGCAAGAACCUCACGAAUUCAUCUCGACGUUAUCAAAUGAAGUGCCAACACAAAAUGUAUAUGAUGAAUUUAUCCAAGAUUAUCAACAUCAACAACACACAGCUUUAGCUCCACAUAUAGAACAAUCCUCAUUGAAAAACUAUUUUACAGAGAAGCAACAAAAUGAAUGUGUUACGGUACAACCGCAUCAACAGUCGCGAAAUCAGGAUCAGCAAAUGAUUAUCUCUGAGAUACCAAAUGAAGUAUGCCAACCUGAAAAUGUUAAUAUUACGGUAUAUGUGAAUACUGAUCUCAAAAGUGUAAAAUCACGAACGUUUAAAUGUGAACAUUGUGGGAGGAUUUUUCAUAGGCCGGCAUACAAAACGCAACAUGUAAACGCAGUUCACCUUAGUAACAAGAUAUACAAGUGUAAAACUUGCGGUAAGAAAUUCGAGACAGAGGAGAAACGUAAUAAUCAUUCUUUAAUUCAUAAAGCAGAAAAAAAGUACAAAUGCAACAAGUGUACUAAGUCUUAUACCAUUAAGAGCGACUUGGUUAAACAUACGCUAAGAAUUCAUCAAGUUGGCACUUUUCCCCUUGCAUGUUCUAUUUGUCGUAAAGGUUUUAUUAGGUCUGAUCACCUUAGGGUACAUGAAAUCAUUUGCAAUCGAAAAUGUAAAAUAGAUAACAAGAAAGUGUAAAUUCUAUGACAAAAUUUUGACAUGUAUUUCAUUUUAGAAAUAUAAAUAAUUUUAAAGA